CCACAAAUAAGUAGAGCCAGCAUAGGAAACACCGGCGAGAUCAGCGGUAGCCAGAACUCUAUCAUUGUUGGUUCAGGUGAAGUUAAUAUCACUUACAACAUGCCGUUGGAGGAAUGCGAUCAAUACAGUAAGAAAAGCCCCAGGCAACGUAAUGAGGCGUUGGCUACCAAACUUGGCAGAGGCAGACCAACUGAAGUAGAAUGCGAGAGUAACGAAGACCUAAAAACACUGAGUAACUACUUACAGAAUGUCACUCCGCCACUUGAAGGUACGUCCUUCACCCUGAAGAAUGUAAGACAUCAUGACCUUACCCUUCUCAAGGAAAUUCUUCUGAGUGACAGCGUGAAGUCAGCAAGUAACAUACAUGUUGACUACUACUUGUCUAAGAAGGAGGAGGAGGAGCUUAGCCUCCUGGAGGAAACCCUUGGUGUGGUGAAUGUUGUUGUAUUAGUGAUUGCGGUUUACAUUGUGCCGCAGUCAUGGUGCGAUGUGGGGCGUGUAUCGCGCAGCUUUUUCCGCAUGCAGGAACAAAUGGACAGUCUUCAGUUUUGUAUGGUCAAACGAUCACCGGAUGAGGUUGUUGAUCUUUUGAAGGCACUGGAAGGAUGCAGGUUGAGUUGGCUCUCACUGUUUGACAUCAACCUGCAUGCACGAUUGCAAGAUAUUAACCACAUCCCGUCAUCCCUUACAAUCUUGAAAUUCUAUGGAUGCAGGUUGGUCGAUGAUGAUGUGAAGGACCUGAUCAGCAUCCUUCCUGCUGGGCAUGGUUUAAGAGUGCUUGUUCUUGAUUUCAAUGCAUUCAGUUUGGAUGGAUUGAGGGCUCUCACCCAUCAUCUCGGAGGUCUCUAUAGUUUAUGUGGGUUGAGUCUUUGUAACAACGGCCUUGAUCCUGAGCUCGUCAGACAAGUUGUUUGUCACAACCUCCCUCGCCUGAAGGAAACAGAACAGGGAUUGUUCGUAACAUAUUAAAUAAUCUCCCAUCAAGUAAUUACUAUCAAUGCACAACUCUCAUGAGGCGCAUUCAAUCGAAACAAGCAGCACGUAUCAUUGGUCAUUUUAUGUGAGGUCACCAAUGCUCUGCAACCCCCCACCCCCCCCAAAAAAAAAGAACAGAAGAAGUAACAUCAAAUCAAAACAACAACUAUCAAUAAAAUUAAAAAGUUACUUUCAGAGGACAAUAGGGGGCUUGAUAAUGAAUGAAAAAGUCAACAAAACUGUUUCAAUCCUAAUAGAUUUAUUUGAAAUCCUCUUACAUUAUGAAUCAUACCCAGCAUAGUUCUUCAUUCUACUGACCCCCAAUCUCCC